CUUUCGGCUGAUUUUGGUUCUAUUUUGGGAGCACCCGCAAAGUCUCGUGCUUGACUUCUCAUAAUUAGCGCGUAGAUUUCAAGUGGGGAAGCUUCUCUGUACCUUCCAUGCGUGUUGACGUGAAGCGGUAUCGAUGAUAAGAUCCAAGAAUCGUUUAAAAUGCGCCCUUGACAGUUGAUUGUUGCUUGUUGCUUUGCCCCAAGAUUCGUCGCAACUCUCAGUUCUAAUCUGGCAAGGAGUUGAUUUCGUUACCGUAAUGGUGCUCAAGAGGCCUUUUCCGAAUGAGGGUGAAGAGGGUUUUGGAGCUUCAAAGAGAAGGUUGAUACCCCGGACUGUGAGAGAUAUGACUGGACGGUGCUCGGAGAAUGAUAUCCUGCACACCCUCGAGCCUUUCUUGCGCAGAGUGGUUAGAGAGGAGGUGGACCUUGUAUUAUCGCGCCUGCAAGACCCACUUCAAAGGCCCUUGAUUAACCCAGCCAGAAAUUCUGUAGGAGAAGGAGGUUUGCAGUUGCGUUUUGUUAAUCAGCCAACGCCUAAGGUUUUUACAAGCUGUAAGAUCCAAGGUGAAGGCGGUUCUCCUAUCAAAAUCGAACUAUUUGACACCAGAACCAACUCUAUUGUUCGAAAUGAUCCCCUGUCUUCAGCUAGAGUUGAGGUUCUGGUCCUUGAUGGUGACUUUGGCUCCGAUGACCAAGAAGAUUGGAGCGAGACUAUGUUCAGGGCCAGUAUCGUGCGUGAAAGAGAAGGUCGAAGACCACUGGUGGUUGGAGAACGGAGCAUUACUUUGCAAGAAGGAGUUGGCUAUCUUACUAACAUAAUUUUCACUGACAAUUCGAGUUGGAUAAGAAGCCGGCACUUCAGGUUAGGAGCUCAGGUCGACCAGAAAAUUUCGUCCGGUGUACGAAUAAGGGAAGGCAGAAGUGGAAAGUUCGUAGUGAAAGAUCACCGUGGAGAGCUGUACAAGAAACAUUACCCUCCAAGCCCGAAAGAUCAAGUAUGGCGCCUCGAGAAAAUAUCAAAAGACGGCACCUUCCAUACUCGGUUGGCUUCCAUCGGAAUUCACACUAUCAAGGAUUUCUUGCGUAAACUUGAAACAGACCCAAUCCUCCUAAGAAACAGAUUAGGUAAUGUGUCGAACAAGACAUGGGAAGCAAUUGUUGAGCAUGCAGUGACAUGCAUCGUAGAUGAUAACGAGGCGUACAUCUACUUUGAUGCCUCACAGAGCGCUGGGCUUUUGUUCAAUUCAACCUACAAAGUCAUCAGUGCAACCUUUGACGGUCAAAAUUACCAUCCGCUGGAAAACUUGACUGUUCAUCAGAAGCAUUUGGUGCGUAAUUUAAAGCAGCAGGCUUACUUAAAUGUGAACGGAUUGAUACCAAUCAAUUUACCUUCAAUUGCUACUCCUCCAACGGCCUUGAGUAGCUUGCCAACUUCAGAUUCAAGCAUUGAUUUAAGUUCAAGCGAGCCGCACAUUGACUUCCCAUCUCUGUACCAAGGCAUUGAAGACUUCAAAGAUCCAGCAGGACUACUGCCUGGAUUCAACCAUUUGUCCGCUUCGACAUCAUACGACAGCAAAGCUGUUCAGAGCCAGCAAUUUGAAGUCUCUGUCUCACAGGAUUAUCCAGCGCAGGCUUUUAACCCAAUUUCCACAAGUAGUUUCCCAAUGGGAAAUGCCUGGGCGGGACUCUACAGUGGAGAGAACAAUUCUCAGUAUAAUUCACAGAGGACAAUCGAGAUAAACAGCGAUUUAGCUGCUAAUAUGAAUGUUUCACAAAUCGAAGCAUCAUAUUGUUUCCCGUCGUCUUCUUCUUCAGCUUGGACGCCAGGAAAUGGCUUAUUCAUUGGUUCGCUGGGUGAGGCUGAAGGUGGGAUCUUUUCUUCUUUCUCGGACAUCGGUGUCCAUAUCCACAAAAGUGCGAGGCCUAAGGCAGGUUGGUGCAAGAUUCGAGCUGCGGUCAAGUGGGGAUCGGUCAGGCGCGAUGUGGCCGCCAGAAGAAUGGCGCACCUUCCGUGUAGGUAGAUUCCGAGGAUCUUUUAGAGCAUCCACCGCGAUCCCCAUCCCUGCAAGCAUCUCGGGGAAAAAACAUGUCGUUCGGUCGUGUGCUUUAUCCAUUCGCUCGUUUAUUUCCUCCUGCAUUAGGUUGUAAAUUCAUAGGGUUUUACAGAAUAGGAUUGCCGAAAGAAUGUGGCAUUGUUGUUUUCUGUACGUAGAUCGAUUAGAUUUCGGGCAUUUUCCUUGCAAUAGUUUCUUCUGUAUCAAGUUGUAGAUUACAUAGGAAGUUCAAAGGAAAGGCCAGUCGCAAGAGUCAUGUAGAUCAAUCAGAUCAUGUAAAAUAAAUGUCUAAUGUCUUCAAAAUCAGUGUCUCAAGAGUUUUAUGAUU